AUGGAGACUUUCUGCGAAUCAUGGGAGAGGUUCAAGGAAUAUUUGAGAGACUGUCCUAACCACGGCUACAACCAAGAAAAUCUGAUGAACAUCUUCUCAGGGGGAAUCGAACAGAAGUACCAGAUGGCAUUAGACACAGCCAUCAAAGGAGACUUCUCCACCAACACCGCGAACGAGGCCAAUGCACUGAUAGAAAAUCUUGCGGCAAGCAAUAGCAAUCACGGCACAGACUAUGAUCGUACGGUGCGGGUCAAUGCUGUCGAGACUGAUGCUAUUAAUGAUCUCACGACUAAGGUGAAUCUUCUACUGAAAAGGGAUCACCAAAACGUUAACUUGUGCGAGGAACAAGCCGGGGGAUAUGCAGACUUCGGAGCUGAGACAAACCUUGAGGGUACGGAGGAGAUGAACUACAUAGGAGGACAAGGAAAUUUUCAGAAUCGAGGCUUUAACCAGAAUUUUAGGAAUCAUCCUAACCUAUCCUGUAGAAGCAACAAUGUUGAGAAUCCUCAAGAUCAGAUCUAUCCACCGCGACCUCAGCAGAGCAACUUCACACAAGGCUUCCAGAACAAGGGGAUACGCUUUGGAGGAUCAAAUUUUCAGCAGACACCUCAAGUUAACAACUUCUCACAAAGUUAUCAAGCACCUCCACCGCAGGCCGCAGCCCCGCAAGAGAGCAAAUUGGAACAGAUGAUGCAUGCUUUGAUGGAGAAUCAAAAGAAAAACGCUACUGAGGUGAAUGUCAAGAUCGACAGCAUGUAUUCUGAACUGAAUGGGAGAAUAGAAUCGUUAAACUCUCACAUGAGAGUGCUGGAAAACCAAGUGGCACAAUCUGUAGCGAGAGUCAAGGCACCACCAGGAAUACUUCCAGGGAAAAACAAGACUAAUCCAAAAGAAUUCGAAAGCAACCCCGAUGAGGUUCCCAACCAAGCUUCUGAUGGUAUUAAAAUCUCUGGUUCAGCUAUUGCUGGGGGAGAGCAACCCUACAAACCCCAACAGACUUAUAUACCCAAACUACCUUUCCCUACGCGUCGCAAGUCCAAGAUACAGGAGCGAGAGUAUGAAAAGCUGAAAUCAGUAGUAGGGGAGCUUCAGGUCAGACUCCCUUUUAUCGAAGCAGUGAGGAUGGUUCCAUCUCUCAAGAAGUACAUGAAGGAGAUCCUCACCAAUAAGCUCAAUUUAUAG